CGCCGGAGGAAUUUAAACACAUGGCAAUCACCGGUCAUUUUGGAUUUAUGUUUGCAGAAACCUUGGUCAGGGAAAUCGCAUGAUUACCGUGACGCUAUCGUUUUCGAAAAGCUCCGUUUUCAACUUGUUUCCCGCCCACACGAAACCGAAAAGCCGGCGUUUUCAAAUUCCUCCGAUCUGAAAAGCGUUUUUGAAAAGCUCCGUUUUCGUGGCGGAUUAUUGUGGGCGGUAGGCCUAACCGUUGAAAUAAAGCUGUGUUUUCAAAUUCUUCCGACGUAAUACUAGUGUGGACGGUGUCAAAGUAAUCAGUUAGUAGAUGUUUUAAUAGGGCCCCUGGUUUCACACUUCACGAUCCAGACUCCUUCAAUUCAAGGCGUGGCACCUAAGCUGUUGAAAAAAAUUAUUAACAAUCGUCAUUUUGGUUGUUUACGAGCUGCGGAGUGAAAGUGUUAUAUUAAUAGUAGAACUCUGAAGGUCAUUUGUCCGUGUGUUUUCUUCUUACCCUAGCAAACAUGAUAUUGAAGGAGUACAGGAUCUGUAUGCCGAUGACAGUGGAGGAGUAUCAUAUAGGUCAGCUAUACAUGAUUAGCAAACACAGCCAUGAUCAAAGUGAGCAAGGUGAAGGGGUCCAUGUGGUGAAAAAUGAACCAUGUGAGGAUGAAAAACAUGGCAAAGGACAGUUCACAGAAAAGAGGGUUUAUUUAUCCAGCCGUCUUCCUGGAUGGAUGCGAUCUUAUAUUCCAAAAAUAUUCUAUGUAGAAGAAAAGGCGUGGAAUUAUUACCCUUACACAAUAACAGAAUAUUGUUGCUCCUUUCUUCCAAGAUUUUCAAUUAGAAUAAGAACAAAAUAUUACAAUGACAAUGGGAGUAUAGAAAAUUGCUUUGAAUUAGAUGAGGAGACGCUUGAAUCUAGGGAAGUUGUAGAUGUUGAUAUUGCAUAUGAUGAAUUACCAGAGAAACAUUAUGUUCCUGAAGAGGACUGUAGGUCUUUUAAAUCAAAGAAAACAGGCAGGGGUCCAUUAAAAAAGGGCUGGAAGGAUGACACACAACCCAUCAUGUGCUCAUACAAGCUAGUCUCUGUUUCAUUUGAUGUUUGGGCGUUAGCCUCAAGAGUAGAAUCAUAUGUUCACAAGGUUAUACAGGACAUUUUAUUGCUAGGCCAUAGACAAGCAUUUGCAUGGAUUGAUGACUGGAUCGGCAUGACUAUAGAUGAUGUGAGGGAUUAUGAGAAGGUAAUGCAAGAAAAAACAAAUGAUAAAGUUGCAGCAGACAUUUGACUUUUAUUUUAAUUAUGUGACAAUAACAUUGUACCAAAAAAAUAAUUACAAAUAAUUUUUUGUGGAAUGGUUUUGUGUUGCUACCAAUGAGGUGUGACAUCAGACUGAAAAAGUUUUUUGAGACUUACUGCACUUUGGUUUGCUCAUAGUUUUGGGCCAUAAUUCUGAUGAAGAGUUCAAGGGUGCACCUUUUCAAGUUGUUGUUUAUUUCAGUCCAAAUUUGAAUUAUUCUUGACAGCAAUGAUAGUUUUUAAAACAAGUAAAACAACUUAUUACAAUCAACAACAUUUAAUUGAGAAAUUCUGGGAGUCUGAUCUCCAAAAUAACUGUUAGCAACACAAUCCAUUCUGUAAGUUAUUAUGUAAUAAAUCGCUGUAUCAUAUAUCAAAUAUUCACACAAAAAGAAAUUUUUAAUAAAGUGCAAUGAUAUUUUGAACACUAGUUAGAUGUGUGAAAUAUUAAUUUUUAAUCUUUUGUGAGGAAAAAAGAUGUUAUACAAUUACAUGUGCAUUAUGUCUGCCUUGGUAAAUGUUAAAUGUUUCUCCCAUUUUCUUUAAUUAUGCCAGUUCAGUGACAUUGAAAUAUUGAUUCAGGGCUCAAAAAAAGUGCCAGAAAUUUGUCUCGGACAACUACAUUUUCCUUUUGGGCAAGUAACCUUUCAAUCUCACUUGCCCAAUGGCAAUGGCCCAGGCAAGUCGUCUGCCAUCUAGAUAAAAAAAAUAGCAAACUUAGACAAUGCCUGGGGCAAGCCAUGUAAUAAAUCUGUUAUUGACUGGUAUGCUUACUCAGGACUAAACUAGAAGACUGUCACCUCUUGGUCUUAAAAGUAUGGAUAAAGCACAGCAGGUCUGUAUAGAAAAGACCAAGGGCUGAGAUUAUGACAGUACGUCCCUUGCACACUGUCAGUGAAUAAGCUAUAUUUAUUGAGCUUCUGUUAAGAUAACAACUCAAUCUUGUUUAGCUUUAAUGACCAUUACCCUGAUUUACUUCCUAGUAUUUAUUUACUUUUGACAAUUCCAAGACCACAUUGUACAUGUAUAUCUCAAAAUUAUGUCUAAAUAAGCAUCAUUCUUCAGUCUAUUUUUUCCUUUUUAUGUUUGUUACAAAAAUUAUUUAAAAUGGCUCCAAUAACACUUAUAGAACCCAAGACAAAGUUGUGCCAAGAAUUUCAUAAAACAAUACUUCCAAUGCCUAUACUAGAAAUACCAAUUUACUACUUUUUGUCAGUGAGAUUGCAUUAUCAUUAUGGUUUUUUGCUAGUGACACUCGCAUCAUAUUGAAUUCAAUGACUAAAGUUCAGUUCAGUUGCCAGAAAUUAAUGCCAGGGUGAGCCACAUUAUACCUGUGUAUCUUAUGUUAAAUAACAGGCAAUGCCACUUGAAUAGUUAUGUGACUAUUUGUACAAAAAGUGAACUCUUAAACAUGCUAGGAUAGUAUGGAUUUGAAUUAUUGUGCAGUUUGCAAAGUAUUUUUUUAUUUUUAGUGUGUAAAUAGAAUUAAAGGUGAAUAAAACAUUUUAGAAUUGCACAGUA